AUGCAAGCAACUGGGAUCAAUCCUCUUCUUGUCCUAGUCAAGAAGGAGUUUCCAAGAGACACAAAAUUGUAUCACAGUUACUAUAGGCGAUACCAAGAGGUGCGCGAACUGAUGGAAAAGGCACGCCCUCCGCCACAGGUAAUGACAGAAGCCGAAAGUCGCAACUGGAAGACACUCUCUCAGAUCGACGACAAACGUGUCCAGCUGCAGAGACGAGUGAACCGCUCCAUACUGCCCAAGGGUCCCGGACAGCUCACAACGGCCGAUAAGGUCAUCUUGAUCCGCUAUCUCGUUCUGUGCUUAUAUUCUCAGAGCCCCUCCCUGCGUAACGACUAUUCAAACCUCCCCGUGAUCCGUUUCGAGGAUAUGCACACCCCUUCCGCAAAAACGUUGACGUCUGGAAAUGGCAACUAUCUCUUGGAGUACGCGAAGGGGCAAUUCCGAAUGGUCUUGAAAGAUUUCAAAACGGCCAAGACGUAUGGGGAGCAGGCAAUCGACUUACCGACACGAACUUGCAACGUGAUUGCGGAGACUCUUGAGGUGUUUCCUCGAAAGUACCUUCUAAGUCGUAUGCGGACGCCGGAUGAGCCAAUGAGCCGCAAUUACCUCACAAAGUUCUGCUGCUCCAUUUUCGACGACGCGAAUGUCGGUGUCGAGCAAGCUGUCGCUGCCCCUACGGCCUCGGCCUCCGAGUCGACCAAGGCCUCAGGGCCACCAAGCAUCAAAGACGUGAUCAUGGACCUCGCUGGAAGAGGGCUUUAUGCCAUCCCCGUGCGAAUGUUUUGGGAUUCCAACAAGGGCAAGAAGGACGCGGACUUCCCAUACAAAUGGAGUAAUAUGGUUGAUCGCAACACCUGGAACGACAAGAUUGAUGCGGCCCUCUCAGAGGUGUCGAAUGCCAACGGUGUUGCUAUCCUCACGGGUGCUAGCAGAUUGCUGGUGGUGGAUGUGGAUAAUUCUAGCACUCCCAAAAAACGUGCAGGGAUAGAGCUCUGGGACCGCUUGAUUGCCACUCACGGCGAGCCGUCGACCCUCAAGGCAAAGUCUGGAUCGGGUGGGCUGCACUUCUACUUUCGAAUCAACAGCCUCGGACUCAAUCGCACGAGAAACUUUGCUGGCUUGAAGUCGGGCGGGACCCUUUACGGGAUUGACUCUCGUGCAACAGGCGGCAUCAUUUUUGCACAUCCAGCAGCAUACGUGGAUGAGAAGCUAGGUGAGUUAAGCCUCAAAGCUGCAUUGCAAGACGCGACGUCUCAAAGAGUUCACCAUUCCGAUGAUAUGCGCACCAUCACACAAUAUACGGAGGGGAGUGAGGAGGUUCAACGGCUUCUACUCAAGUUUAUGGCCGAGCACGCCGCCCCUCAAGCUUAUUUUAACCUUGGGCGGCUCUUUGGUUAUUUUUAUCAGAUCGAGGGAAGGAUGCUCACAACGAGGGACACUUCGGAGAAGAAGAAAGAUGCUUUGUACUUCUAUGUUUGGAACGGCGCUUCUUGGAUUCAGGACGCAGCGAACAUGGUCGCUAGCGUCUUCACGUUGCAGAUGGGGGUCCUCCUCGCUUGGUAUGAGGGCAAACGGGAGAAGUGCUUGGAGGAGCUCCGCUCGCAACAUCCCGAUCUGCAAGGGCUCGGGGAAGGCGAAGGGCCUCAAUCCAGAUCCAAACAGCAAGCGGAACUGAUCAAGGCUGCCCAACAGGGAUGUCUUAAUGAGAGAGAUAGGAGAUUGCCGAGCUUUGGGAGGAUCAAUGUGCAAGACAUUGGUGAUGUGAGGAAGUGUCUGCCUGCUGUUGUCAACGAGCUCUUCGUAGAGGAUCUAAUGGACUUGUUCGACCAAGACGACCACGUUGCCAACGCUCCAAACGGUCUCAUAGACCUCCGGACCGGGAACCUCUCAGGCCAUCAUCCACAGGAUCUUUGCAGCAACACCACAAGCACGUACAUCCGAGGUGCCUCAGGAGCCCUGACGGCGCGCUUCCGCAGUUUCUUGAUGGAUGUUCUGCCACCUGGCAACAUCGAUUGGCUGCAGUUGUUCCUUGGAUAUUGCCUCACUGGCGAGACGAGCGAAGAGCUCUUUGUCAUCAUGAACGGCGAGGGUGCAAACGGAAAGAGCAGACUCGCGGCCGCCAUACGUCGGGCCUUUGGAAGCUACAGCACGGCAGGCAACAAAGCAAUCUUCAUCAAGCCUACUUUUAAGGCUAAUGCAUCCUCUGCUUCGACCCAUCUCAUGCACAUCAAGUCCAAGCGCUUCGUCACCAACGAGGAGUCGGAGAAGGACGAUCAUCUGAACGGAGCAUUUCUAAAGGAGGCAGCCUCUGGCAACCCUAUCGAAGCACGUGAGCUUUUCUGCAAACCACAGGAGUACAUCCCGCGAUAUAAGCUCUGCCUCUUUACUAAUUAUAGGCCGCACUUUCCAAGCGAUGACGCUGCAUUGCUCCGCAGGAUCGUACUGAUCAUGUUCGAUUUCAUUUACAAAGCUCCGGACGAGCUGGACGUGAACAACAAGAGGCACAAACCGAUGGACCUCACGCUGAAAUCGUAUUUCGAAUCUGCGGAAGGUGCUGCAGACGUUCUGGACUUUUGUGUGGAGGGCGCGACAAUGUACUAUGCAAGGAAGGAGCAAUCUCCGGAAUCGAAGAUUCUCUCGCCCAUCCCGCAUGCUUUCCGUGCUGCAGCGCAGGAGUAUGCAGCCGAGAAUGACCACCUCCAAUGCUUCAUCGACGAGUCAUGUGUGAAGGGCGACUCUUUCGGCGUCACCAAGGUCGACUUCGUGAACAAGUUUUUGGAAUUUUUGUAUGCAGGCGGGCACGACACAAGCGUGGCUGGGGACGGUUUGGCAAGGGCCAUGAACGUGAAGGGGUACACGAGCACUUCUAAAGACGGGAAGAAGAACAGAAUGAUCCGAAUGCUAGACAGUAGAGAAAGGAAAACCGGCUUCUUCGGAAUCCGGCUCAAGACUCCUGAAGAAAUGGAGGCGGAAUUCAAUGCAAGUGAGGACUGA